CGCAAAGGCAGAUAUACACUUUCAUAAUUUUACGAGGAGUAAUAGUUAAUAGACACCUUUAUUCUUAUUAGGAUAUUCUACUGGAUAUGUCAGUGGAAAUUCAGAGUUCCAGACAUCUACUUAGUCAACCUUUAUGGAUUAAAGAUCCCAAUUAUUUUGACUUACAAAGUUUACAAAGAUUGGACUAUCGGUGGCAUCUAGGGACAUCAAGAAAAACAGAGCCUGAGGGGAUUCGGGCACGAAGUUAUAAACCGAAGGUUUCUGCAUACAGAAGUACGCUUAACUGGGAUUUGGGUGAGAAGUCGAAAUCUGUUUCCGUUGUAGACGCACGACAGAAAAUAGAUGUACUUGAAAAUUUCAGUGGUUCACUGACAAGUCUGCUUAAUCAACAACCAAGAGAUUGGCUUAUUGAUGAUUAUGAUUCAAGGCAUAAACAAUGGAGGAGGACAGAUGAAAUUGUAAGAAGUAAGGAACCAUUCACAAAGAUGUCUUUAUAUCGUGAACACUUUUCUCCAAAAGAGGCCGAUCGUGUUCAGCCAGUGAAACCGGUUCACGAACCAUUGAAAACUUCAGAGAAAUUCUCUGACGAAUCUGUUUACACUCAUGAAUAUACUCCUAAACCGAUUGUACUGGACAACAGUAAUACAAAAUAUCGGAAAAUCUGUCUCCCUCUGGAAAUGAUCCCUCAAAAAGUCAUGCCUACAGCAAAUGCAAAAAUUAGAGAAAAUUUUGCUACAAAUAGAGAUCCAUUGAAAAGUACUACUUAUAGAGAAGAUUUUCAAAAACAUGUUUCGAAAAAUAAUGGACCAGUAAUGUGCAGAAAAUUAGCGCCGAAACUGAAAAUGUCCAAUGUAAUAAAACCACCGUAUGAUAUUCUGGAGUUAAAUCCUAUCACAAUAUCUAGUUACCGAUUGAAUUACACAAAUUCCGUGGAAAAGCAAAAUUCAUAUGAUCAACUACCAGCAGCUGGUUUACCAACUUCUGGUGGACCUAUUAAAAGUCAACGGCAAACAUAUUCCUUCAGUUGUGAUGGUCAUCCCAAAGAGAAAGACAACACUGGAGAAAGUCUGUCUCACCCACCUGUUCAUCAGUUGUCAAGAAGUCGUUGUUUACCAAAUAUAAUUGAACAAAUAGAAAAUAAAUGGCCAUAUUUAGAGCAUAGAAAAGGAUGCUUUUAUACAACUAAACAAUUAGAUGGCAAUUUUUAA